UCUGUGUGUUGUGGAAAUUUACGAAUAAAAACAUAUAGAGAUUUUUAACGCAUCUUCAUUCACGUGGGCGUUGAAGCUGAAGGGUGAACGGGUGACUUGCAAGUCAGAGACAAUCUACGAAAUAGCGAUAUACGGUAACAUCUCACAUUCAUUUACAAAUAAUACAUGCUAUAAGAAUAUAUGAUUUGACCGCUAUUAAUGGACAACAUUUUCUCUGACGUAAACGCAAUAGCUCGUAUGCUUAUUCCCUUAUUUACUCCCUUAAUAUUUUACAUUUUAGAUUGAUCCAUGUUUAACAACUUCAACUUGCUUUAAUCAUUAUGAAACAACCAGACAUGCUACUACUGGAGGACUGCCGGGUCCAGUAACCAAAACAAGCGUCGAAAUGACUGAUGAUGGUUGUUGCAAUAUUUCUUGGGCGAUACCAAUGUUUUCAAAUUUGAUGUAUAUAUUUGAUUUUAAGCUUGUGAUCAACUCAACAAGAGCCAAGAUAUCGCCAUACAAUAAUCAUAAUUACAAAAUUGAUGAAAUUCUGCUGCGAUCUCAGAUAACCUCAUAUGUUAUUCCAAAAAUUUUUAACAGAAAAUACAAUGUCUCUAUUCGAGCGAAGUCUUGUGCAGGCAUUGGUCCAGAGUCAGGGGCAGUAUUAGAAUGCGUUACCGAUACCAAUGUACCAUCUAACCUUCAAGCACCUGCAUUCAAGGACAAAAUGACGAAUGAUGGAAUUGUUGAGAUUUCAAUAAACGCUCCGGAUGAAUCUAAUGGCCCUAUAAGUUGCUUAUUUAUCGUUGUACAAGUCAACGUGAAAAGAAGAACAUUGCCUGGUUUCAACAAAGAACGUAUGAAUAAACUAAAUAAUUCACAACUUGAAGAUGAAUAUAUUGCAAUAGCUUUAAACAGAACCAGAGCCAGGCAAGAUCAUUCGAAAUUACAUCUAAAACUUGGAGAUCGAGUAAAAACAACUUGUGACAUCAGUGGUCAAAAUAACGCAAGCAGUGUUACGAAAAAUUUGUAUGUUGCCUAUAACAGGAGAUUGGCACUCACCGAAACUUACAGUAUAUUUCUUGUGACUUCAACACCAACUAAACAAAAUGUUUCGUUCAGUGCUAGUGAAGGCCUCUUGAUUGAGAAACCUAAUCCAGAUGAGUGGAAAACUUUCGUUAUUAUUGGUUUGGCCGUGGCAGUUUUUAUAUUCCUAGUUGUUGGAAUCAUUUUCAUAAUCAGACGGAGAAUGAAACCUCGCAAGGAAGAUCAAAUUGUUUUUCAAUAUCGAAACAAUGAACAAGAUGAAGAUAAAGAAAUAAUCCCCAACACAAAUGUUCCGCUUCAUAGUUUCGAAGAAUAUUACAGGAAUCUAUUUCACAAUGAGAAGACAUUGUUUCACGAACAGUUCAAGAGGAUAAAGACUGAAUCAAAAGCAAGUAUGAAAAGUACAACGUUCGCAUCUAAUCCUGGAUUGAGAAGGAAAAAUAGAUAUAAAAACAUAUUACCAUAUGACGAAACUCGUGUUUGUAUCAAAGCAAAAGACACUGGAUAUAUCAACGCAUGCUACGUUAAUGGUUAUGCUAGACCACACAAAUACAUCGCAACGCAAGGUCCUUUACCAACAACUGUGGAUGAUUUUUGGUUGAUGGUUGUUGAACAAGAAUGCAAAAUUAUUGUUAUGCUGGCAAAAUGUUUUGAAGCAGGAAAAAAAAAGUGUCAAAAGUACUGGCCAGAUUCUGGUAUUACUUCAUGUUUCGGAGUAGUUAAAGUUUUUAACUCCGGAGAAGUAAAGUAUUCUGGCUUUGUACGAAGAACAUUUCAAGUAGAGACAAACGACGGAAAAAUAGCAAUGGAAGUGUUGCAAUAUCAAUGUAACUGGCCUGACCAUGAUAUACCAUAUACAACAUCAAAUCUUAUUAGAAUGCAUAAAGCUGUGAUUCAAUGUUUAGAAGAGUUUGGAGCUGAUAGACCGAUGAUAGUGCAUUGCAGCGCUGGUGCUGGAAGAACUGGAACAUUUAUAGGAUACGACUAUUUGCUGGAAGAAAGAAGACAUAUAGAAAGUGUUGAUGCAUUGCAAUGUGUAUUGAAAAUGAGGUCACAACGUGUCGACAUGAUACAAAAUUGCGACCAGUACAUACUUCUACACAAAUUGAUCUUGGAAAACUAUCUAUUUGGAAAUACGGAUUAUAAUGCACAAGAUAUUGGACACAAAUUUCAGGAAAUAACAAGCCAUGAAAAACGAAGAGAUUUUCUUGCUGAAUUUGAAAAAUUGUCAACGUUGGAACCUUUGAAAUGUUCUAGACUGAUGGGAAAACGUUAUGAAAAUAAAGUAUUCAAUUUAUCAGAUGAUGUGAUUCCUUAUGAUCAUAAUGCUGUUGUUCUGGUAAUGUGCAACAAUGAAACAAGUGUACCAUAUGUAAAUGCAUCGUGGGUAGAGACAUACGACGAAAAUACUAGUAUGAUUGCAGCACAAACACCGAUGAACGAAGGAAUUUCAUUCUUUUGGAGAUCUGUAUUGGAUAAUAGAGUUAAUACUAUUGUCAUGCUUGCACGUGCUGAGAUAUUAUUUGAAAACACACCAGACACUGUGGUAUAA